AUGUCUCAAUUCAGCAUUACCGAGACCUAUCUUAAGUUCCUGGAGGAAGAUCCGGAGAUGACCAUGCCAAUCGCUGCUAUUGAGUCGCUGGUUACCUUACUGCGAGUUAAGAACCCUGAGACAGCAGCGGAGAUGAUCAACACUAUCAAAUCGGCAGCCAAUGAAUUAACACAAUCGAUUCCGAAUUCCAUAUCUUUAAAGGCCGGUUGCGAUAUCUUUAUGCGGUUUGUUCUGAGAAAUACACAUCUUUACGGUGACUGGGAGAACUGCAAAGAGCAUCUGAUCGAGAAUGGCCAGCUUUUCGUCUCCAGAGCCAAGCUCACAAGAGAUAAAGUAGCUCAGAUCGGUCUCGAUUUCAUAUCUGAUGACGACACGAUCUUGGUACACGGGUUCUCCAGGGCAGUCUUCACUCUAUUGAAGCAUGCAGCUGAGAAGUUCAUUAGAUUCAGAUGUGUGGUGACCGAAUGUAGGCCUACAUCUCAAGGAAAGCAGCUUUACUCCCUUCUGCAGGAGAAGGGUAUCCCAGUUAUAAUGGUGGUCGACGGCGCUGUCGGCGCCGUUAUCGACCAAGUAGAUAAAGUGUUUGUGGGUGCCGAGGGCGUAGCCGAAUCAGGUGGUAUCAUCAAUGUCGUCGGUACGUAUUCCGUGGGAGUGCUUGCUCGAAAUGCGAGAAAGCCGUUUUACGUCGUGACAGAAUGCCACAAGUUUGUACGUAUGUUCCCGCUGUCGCCAGAUGACCCAUCGAUGCAGGGCAAAUCGCUGGAUUUCACACGUAAGAACGACGACGACGAACCGCAAGAGAUGCUCCGUGGCCCUAGAUUGGACUACACGGCUCAAGAAUACAUUACUGCAUUGAUCACCGACUUGGGAGUGCUAACGCCGAGCGCGGUCUCAGAGGAACUAAUCAAAAUGUGGUACGAUUGA